GUUGACAGCUCGGCAAGAAGCAACAACAACACGAGUUUAUUUUAGAAUCUGAAUAUAUUUCAAGUUCAUAUACAAUUCAUAUUUAGCAGUAGUUUGAAAAAGGUAUAAUUUUCCGUAAAAAUUGAACCAUUGCUGAGCUCAGACGAGUGCCGAUAUUAGCGAGCAGAGGCAAAGGCGACAGCGCAGACAUAAUGGAUGAAAAUGCAGCGCCCACUGUUGACGCUGCAACUUGCACCGGCAAUGACAGAACUCCAACCGAUACUACAAUCACAUUGCAGCAGCAUCACCAGCAGCAGCCGCCAGUGCUGAAACCAGCACACGCGGAGCCAGAGCUUGUUGGGGACAGCUCUAAGGCACGGGACAAAGCAGAGACCGCUAAUGUUGCCACGUCAACAACACUGUCGGUAGAUGCGACUGCGGAACAGGAACGAUGCUGUUGGAUAUGCUUUGCCACAGAUGAGGAUAAUCGGCUGGCUGCCUGGGUGCAGCCAUGCCAGUGCCGUGGUACUACCAAAUGGGUGCACCAGAGCUGCCUAUAUCGCUGGAUCGACGAAAAGCAGAAGGGCAAUGCACUGCGCUCAGUGGCCUGCCAACAAUGUCAGACAGAGUACAUCAUAGUUUUCCCACAAAUGGGCAAAUUUGGUGGCGCUUUAGAAACCCUUGAUAAUCUGAUUAAGCGUGUGAGUCCAUUCUUGGCAGCGGGCUUCUUUGUAGGCUCUCUCUACUGGACAGCCGUGACCUAUGGCGCGGUAACAUUCUUGCAAAUCGUUGGCCACGAGCACGGCAUGUCCAUUAUGGAAGCUGGUGAUCCGCUAAUAUUGCUCAUAGGCUUGCCCGCUAUACCAGUAGGCCUAGUAUUGGGUCGCAUGAUUCGUUGGGAGGAUGCAAUUUUGCGUUUGAUACGCAACCGUCGCACAGUAGUUCGCAAAUUUCCAUUUGUAAAUUUAAUUUAUCCCAGUCUUGAACAGGAGGAGGAACAACAUACAACCACCAAUCCGGCAACGCCGACACUGUCGGAUCCCGUGUCUGCCACUCGCGUCUUUUGCGGUGCACUGCUUUUGCCGACAAUCUCGUCAAUUGUUGGACGCAUACUUUUUGAUUCUGUGGAGAAUACGCUUCAUCGCACACUGCUUGGCGGUCUCACUUUUAUAACCGUUAAGGGCAUACUAAAGAUCUAUCUGAAACAGAAGCAAUAUGCACGACGCAAGAAGCGUCGUAUCGUCGACUACACGGAGGAAAACAUUCGAAAUUUUGUACACCCACGCACUAACAAUAACAACGGCAAUCAUGGACAGCAGCGUCAACAGCAUCAUCUAGGUGGUGGAGGAGGUGGUGGUGGUGGAGGCGCUGGCGCUGCCCAUGCACCCGUCUUGCAACAGAUGCCCAUGUCAAGACUCGCCGCCGGUUCCCGUGAACGUGAUGGCGAUGGUGGCAGCGUAGUGUAGAUGUUGCUGUUGGGACUGUUGCCGGUGCUGUGAAUUGCAAACAUUUUAGUUUAUCACUUUUCUAUGUACUUCAGAUUUGCUUUGCGUUAAUUGUUGAAACUAACUAAACACACAAAACACAUAAACUAAUAUGCACACCACACAUACACUUCAAUUCUUGUUUGACAUGCAAGCUAAACAAAAUUCAUUGUUAAAGUGCAUUCGAGGGCAUGUGGAAUAGCCUGACAAUUGUGCUAAGGCAGCCGCAGUUGCUUUGCCAAAUUUUUGUUAACAUUAAUAAGAUAUUUAACUUUGUUAAGCAUAAUAUUAACUAACCACUUGUAGGAUAUUCCCAUUGAGAUGCAAUCCAUUGCUAUUUGUUGCAUUAUCUGACCCAUUUCGAAAUUUAAGGUAUGCUUGAAGCAUAUCCUUGCUAGCAAGUGAAAUAUCGUUUACAACUCAAUUUUAAGUUCAAUCAUUUUGGGUUUUGAAUAUUUUCAAGUGGGAAUAACCUAUUAGCUAGUAAAUACAAUAUUUCUAGAAUGUCCUGUAUACAUAUAUGUAAUCUUUAUAUAUAUAUGCUUCCAUUUGUAAAAUCCAAUGUAUCAACGCCAUUUUGUAAGUCACAUACUGGUUAAAUGCCUUAUGUAAAUAAAAUAAACUCACGGUUA